CACCGACGUCGUGGACCUCCGGGACUGCGCAAAUUCGAGCGACAGUCCUGCCGCUAUACAGCCGUCUUCUCAUGGCAGUCUUGUAACACGUGUUGCAAGAUCGCUAGCCGUGUGAACGAGAAAGUUCCAAUGAGCAGCAUCACCGGUGCGCUGUUCGUUUUCGAUCCUGACAUGGACUUCAAACGUUCUUCCGAUCGUCCCGAGGAAAAAAGUGAAAAGGCCGUACAAUGUGUUUGCUGCGCACCAAAAAUGUAUUGA